AUGGCACGGAAACAUCAUCCAGAUAGACAGAGGACAGUAGAAGAGAAACGCAAAGCUGAAGAACGCUUUCGUUUGAUCAAUACUGCAUAUGAAAUUUUAAGUGAUCCAGAACAACGACGUGAAUAUGACUACAUGUUGGAUAAUCCAGAUCAAAUGUAUUACCACUAUUAUCGAUAUUAUCGACGUCAGUAUUCUGCUAAAGUUGAUGUCAGACUAGUGAUUAUAUCUAUCCUGUUGAUUAUCUCCUCAAUACAAUAUGCUGGUCAAUGGACUAGUUAUAAUCAUGCGUUAAGCUACUUGCUGAAAGAUCCAAAACAUCGUGCCAAAGCAAAACAAUACGCUACUGCUGAAGGUCUACUGAAUAUACCAAAAUAUGAAGUUGGCAGACGGUUAACACGUGAUGAAUUAAAAGAACGUGAAGAAGAAUUACUGAAGCGUAUUCUAAAAGAGACUGUUGAACUUCGAGGGGAUUGUUGUCGACCGAGUUUAAAACGUGUUCUCCUCUUCCGGCUGUUAUUUUUCCCUUGGACUUGUUUCCUAUGGCUACGAUGGAUGCUUCAUUGGGUCGUCAAUUAUUGGAUACUACGUAGACCAUAUAAUGAAGAAGCGCAGAUUUUUAUAACUCGACGACGAUUAAAAAUGAAUGAAACGGAAUGGGAUUAUUUGGGUGCUGAACAACAAGCGAAAUAUUUAUCAAAAGAACUUUGGAUUAAAGAAAAUUAUCAGAAAUUUCUUGUUGAACAAGAAGAACUAAAUAGAAUCCGUGCAGCAGAAGAUACAGACUUGAAACGUUAUCGUCGAUAUACUAAACGUGCUGGACCACCACCAAUCAAUCUUGAAGAUUUGUAUUAA